AUGAAUGGCUUUCUCAAGCGCAGAACGCCGUACACAAUCCUGCCAACCCCCCUUCCAGACGACCGUGCUUCAGCUUUGAACAGCUUCUACUUCACUGAUUCUCCAACUCAGGACCAGCUCGCUGUUAUGGAUGCAUGUUUGCAUAACCUGUAUGACGUUCCACGUGCAAAGCAGAUAUUCGAUCAACUUAGAACCAGCAAGUCUCGCGAGCCCUUGCUCGAGUCUCGCAUAUACAAUUCUUUCUUGGAAGCUUAUAUCCACAUGGCAUUUGUCAAGGAGCCCGAGGAUAGAACUUUGUGGGUCGAGGACGCGUGUCACCUUUACGACCUCAUGGAAAAGGGCACAGAUAGAGUCCACCCUACUGCGUCUACAUAUGCUAUCAUGCUGUUGGCGUGGAGACGAUUUAAUCCCGAGUCCGACACGCCCGUUCACCUGUCCGACUUGCCCAACCCGACGACCCUCCUUAGCAACAUCGUAGAGCGAGACAUUUCACCCACUGCCGUCGUCGCUGAUCGCGUUUUGGCAUCUUCAGAAGAAGCCUCGGAUAUCAUAAAACUCCUCACUAAAUCUGCAGUAGAUCUGAAUCAUCCUCGCAUACUAGCUGAACUCGGUCAGGCAGAAUUCCUGGGGAGUCAUGUCCCAGACCCAUUGGAGGGCGUCCCGGAGGUCAAGCCUGUCUUACGACUCGCUACACCGUCAGAAGAAAUCUUGGACGAAAACGGAAAUGUAAUACCUGCGCAGCCUCAGGAAGAAGUUCCCUUCAACCUCAAUAACCUCCGCAGUCACUUGGCUCAGGUUACCCUUGCACGACGCGUCCUCCCAGAAGACCUGGCUUCCCGACAGAAACUCCUAGAAGAAUCUGUCUACGACGUUGCAGUAGAGCGCCUACGUCACGAAGCCAAACUUUUCGACGAGCUAGGUCUAGGUAACCGGGAACUUCAUCGUGCAGAUUUGCAAAAGUGGAUGUGGGACUGGCAUCAAAAGCUCAAGAAGCGUCUUGAGGCAGAAAUACAAGAGAUCAUCGCUGCGGAGGCAAAAAUCUCUCAAAACAAGCAAGUUCAACAAAUGGGCCCUUUCCUCUCCCUUGUCAAACCCGAAAAACUCUCCCUCAUCACUAUCCUUGAGAUCAUGCGCCUUCAAGGCAGUGGUGGUGUCUCGGAUGGAAUGAAAACUGCCCGUGCACUGCUCACCGUCGGGCGCGCUGUCGAGAAUGAGUACAAAGCUGAGAUGUGCAAGCGCAACCAUAUCGCCAUCCCUUCGCAUGCACGGCCAAGCGAGUUCACAGGUUAUUUCACGGGCCUCGGGUACAAGGACUUGCACGCGCGCCGGAUGACGGCUGCAAAGUACAUGGAGGACAGCGAGGAGUGGACGUCAGAGUGGACGCAGGUACUUAGGGUGCGCGUCGGGAGUAUCCUCGUAGAUUGUCUCAUGGACUCGGCGACGAUUGAGCGGACUGCUGUUGAUAAGCGCACCAACGAGGAGAUUAAAGAGAAUCAACCAGCGUUCUACCAUGCGUAUGAAUAUGUGCGCGGGCAGAAACUUGGUGUUAUUCGGUUAAACCCCGUGGUUUCAGAACGCAUUGCAAAAGACGGCUUGCGCGAAACGCUUCACCCGCGUCACCUACCUAUGCUCGUCAAGCCCAAGCCGUGGCUCAACCACGACCAGGGUGGAUAUCUCUACAAUCGAUCUGCCGCCAUGCGUUUCAAAGACUGCCAAGAACAGCAAACUUACCUGGAGCAUGCAACCGCGCUCGGUAACGUGGAGCUCGUGUACGCAGGACUCGACGUUCUCGGUAGCACGCCUUGGAAAAUCAACCGGAACAUCUUCGACAUCGUACUCAAAGUCUGGAACUCUGGUGAGCGGCUGUGCAAGAUACCCCCAGCAGUAUACGACCAGCCAGAGCCAGAAAAGCCCCCGAACAUGAACACGGAUAUCAAAGCCAAGAGCGUGUACGGGACGCGUCUGAAGGCGUUCAUGCAGGACAAAGCGAACAACCAUUCUGAUCGGUGUAGCGUCAAUUAUAAGAUCGAGAUUGCGCGCGCUUUCCUGGGUGAUACCAUGUACCUUCCCCACAACCUCGAUUUCCGGGGACGCGCGUACCCCAUUCCUCCCCAUUUCAACCACAUUGGCGAUGACCUCAGCCGUGGGCUUCUUAUGUUUGGUGAAGCGCAGCCCCUCGGCGAAAAAGGCUUGCGGUGGCUCAAAAUUCACCUUGCAAACUUGUACGGGUUUGAUAAGGGGAACUUUGACGAGCGCGUCAAGUUUGUAAUGGAUCAUAUUGACGAUGUGUAUGAUAGCGCUGAAAAGCCUCUCGACGGCAACAUGUGGUGGGUGAAAGCUGAUGAUCCGUGGCAAUGUCUCGCAACAUGCAUGGAACUGCGUGCAGCGCUCGAAUCAGGUGAUCCACAUGCAUACAUGUCGUCCCUCCCGGUGCAUCAGGACGGGACCUGUAACGGGCUACAGCACUACGCCGCUCUUGGUGGUGAUGUCAAAGGUGCUGCGCAAGUCAAUCUGAGCGUGACAGACCGCCCGUCGGACGUGUAUACGUACGUUGCGAACAUGGUGGAGAAGGUACUUCAGGAAGAUCUGAACAAUGGCGAUAAGUAUGCAGCUAUGCUUUCUGGCCGGGUUUCGAGGAAGGUGGUUAAGCAGACUGUGAUGACUACUGUGUAUGGGGUAACUUAUAUCGGCGCUCGUGAGCAAAUUGAGAGGCAACUUAAGGAUAGGAAGGAUAUUCCAGAGGAAGAGUGUUGGGGUGCUAGUGCUUACCUUGCUAAGAGGGUGCUUUCUUGCAUCGGUGAUCUGUUCUCAGGAGCCAAAGCUAUUCAAACCUGGUUGAACCUCUGCGCCCGUCUGAUCUCCAAGUCUAUUCCAGCCGAGCGCGUCCCAGACGCAUUGCAAGCUCACAAAGGUCGCAAGAGGCAGGGUUCUUUGCUCCCUAAGAACCGUAUCAGGAAAGAACAGAUGUCGUCUGUCGUGUGGACGACUCCCCUCGGCCUGCCCAUCAUACAGCCCUACCGCAAGACGAAGCGCAAGCAGGUUAUGACGGCUAUUCAGAGCGUGUUCAUCUCCGACCCUAAUGCGCCUGCUGAAGUGAACGCUGUCAAGCAGGCGUCUGCGUUCCCGCCCAAUUUCAUUCAUAGUCUUGAUGCUACGCAUAUGAUGUUGACCGCCCUCGAGUGUCGUACUCAGGGCCUAACGUUUGCGUCUGUACAUGACUCCUAUUGGACGCAUGCUAGCAGCAUCGAUAAGAUGUCUGAAAUCAUCCGAGACACUUUCAUUGCGUUACAUUCCUCCGAUGUGCUCGAGAAAUUGGCUAUAGAGUUCCGGACUCGAUAUGCAUCCCACAAGGUUCCUCUCGCAUCGAUCCGCAGCGGACAGCUGUUGAAGAACCUCCAAGGUGCGGGCGUGCGUAUUGUAGCUUCGUCUGAACAGGCAGAUGCGCUACGUCAAGGCGGGUUUACGUCGUUUGACAACAUCAUUGAUGUUUCGGACAAAGAAGCCGGAUCCAUCGCCCAAAUUUCAAAGAAAACGGAGACCGAGGCUCCGCAGACUGAAGCUCCGAAGCCUACGCAGACUGAGACUCCGAAGCCCAAGACAGGAAAACGCGGACGACCCGUUAAAAACGUGGUCAUGAUCGAAGGCGCCAAAAAGGAUGUUUCGGCAGUUAUGGACCACGAGGAAGGUGAUGCUGACUGUGCGGGCGAGGACGACGUUGAUUCGAUUCUGGUGGAUAAAUUCGUUGACUUGGGCGCUGUGCUUCCACCUUUGCCGAAGAAGGGUGAUUUUGAUGUGGAGACCAUCAAGAAGUCGCAGUACUUUUUUUCAUAA